UCAUGGAGAACCCUGAAGGAAGAAAAAGAGGAGAUAGAGCCAUAACCGAUGGAGAGAAGACGACUGGUUCUUCGGUUGUGGUUGCAACCGUAGCAGCCGUGGGAGUGGUCGGACCGCUUCUAGGUCUGAUGAGUUUCAGCCUAGUUGCGACGGUGACUCUGUUUCUGAUCGUUUCUCCAUUGAUGCUGAUAUUUGUUCCGGUUUUGACGGCGACGGUGACGAUUCUUGUGGCGGCUAUGGUUAGUGUUGGUGUGGCUGGAGCCAUGUGGUUGAUGGGGAUUGCCGCUUUGGUUUGUUGUGGACGAGAGAUUGGUGUUGGAACCGGAGUGGCUGAGAGGAUGGUUGAGUCGGUGGUGAGAGAGUUAGGUUAUGGUCGGAGUCGUUACUUGCGUGAGAAGCCAGAGGAUGGUUCUUAUUCUCAGGCUCACUCUUCUUCGUAGUUCAAGUUACUUGCGAGACAAGUCAGAGGAUAGUUCUUUUUUUUUCUCAGGCUUGCUCUUCUUCUUAGUUAAAAGUUGGAA